GUUUGAUUGGCACGGUAGUGAAAACAAUCCACAGACAUCACCAUUAUGGACUUUAAUACCGACGCAGUGGGCUCAUUACUCUCUUCUAGCGUUCAGGGCUGAAUCCUUCUCUGCCCACCAAACUCAAAAGUUGCCUCUGUUCUCUAUCAGAAGAAUACCUACCUACCUAUUCACCCCUAUGUGUCUCACUAUGUCCCAUCCAGAUUAUCUGAUCAUUCGCUCCAGCUGAAAGGGUCUUUGGCAAUGGAUCCCCAGGAAACCAGGAGACUGGUCCCGAUCCUACCCGCUCAGCAGACCUCAGGAUACAUCUACGGGGAAGUCCACUCUCCUGGGCCCUCGUCACCACCGCACAGACUAAGAAAGAGGGUUUUGGUUGCCGUGGCCUGUGAAGGAUGCCGCCGAAAGAAAGCAAAGUGUGAUGGUAGAAGACCAACCUGUAGCCGUUGCUCCUCCAGAGCCGAAGCAUGCUCGUACGAACCCCCAGCGGUUCCUGUCGCCGUGCAGAAAAAGUAUGACAUUUUGCUAGUCGAAAACCAGCAAUAUCGAGAGUUAUUUGACGCUAUACAUAAGAAACCCGAGCGUGAGGCCCAGGAAAUCUUUAACCGACUGAGAAGUUCGGAUCAGCCCCUCACCGUUCUCGAGUCCGUAAGACAAGCCGAAGUUCUUCUCCCGAGACCUUCAACGAGUACAUGGGAUUAUGAUCCUGGACUGUCAUAUUUCGACCAUAAAGCAUUUGAAUCGAGCAUUAUACAAGUCCCUGCCAAGCCGUGGACAACAGUUGCCGGCGAUGGAAUUGUGUCAGAGCUAAUAACGGACUUUUUUACUUGGGAUAACUCAUAUAUGUUUCCUGUGCUUGAUAGGGUCACCUUUGUGGAUGAGAUGAGAGCAAGCGAUAGUACGGAAGCGGAAUGGUGUUCCCCUUUGCUGGUGAAUGCCAUUUGCGCCAAAAGAUGUCUGAUGGCUGAACGAGCAAAACAAUUCGGUGUGAUGACAGGCCAAAACCUCUCAGAACGUUUCUUAGCCGAGGUGAAGAGUCAUUUUGAGAACGAACAGGGUCGACCAUCGAUACCAACUGUUCAAGGAUUACUCCUGAUGUACCUCACCAUGACAGCCACGGGGAAAGACAGAGCUGGUCUGGUCUACCGCCUUACAGCCUAUGAAAUGCUUAAGCAACUUCGCUUAGAAGCAAGGUAUAAGGUAGCAAAGAACAACGUUCCCCCUCAGACUCAUGACAUGAUGCUUAUAUCCAAGACGCUUUGGGGGAUAUUCUUACUAGAGAGCCGGGCAGCUUAUUUCUACAACAAGCCCUCUACUAUUCCCCCGCCUCAUGUUCCUAAGCCUUUUUUGUCUAUUCUUACAUUCACCUACAAAGGAAAUUUGGAUGUUCUUGACAGGCCAUGGAAUGAUUCCUCUGAUCUUGUUCCUCGGCCACCUGGAGUAUUGGCAGCUGCAUGCUCUCUUUCCAAACUUCUCUACGAGAUCAUGCAGUAUCUCACGACCUCCAAUGUCAGACGGGGAAGUGAGGAGGAUAUUCAUACUAGAAGGCUAUUCUAUUCUCGCCUCAUACAGCUUAGACAUGAUAUGCCUCACCAGUUGGUCAUGGAGCAGAAUUUAACACCGGUUACAUGUUUCUUAAAAAUGGACGAGAACCUAAUACUAUAUACUCUCUUUCGGGAUAUGCCUGUCGAGACACCAUUUGGUGUCCCGUACAACUCGACAGUUAAGGACCUCUGCAUCCAACACUGUCGCCAUGAUACCGAGAUCAUUGGGUCAUUUAUCAAGAAAUGGCCUGCCAACCUGAUGUUAGCACAUCAACUGUACAUAUCGAUGGAAACACUGGUCCCCAUAAUCGAUGACACCGCGGCACAAGAUCUCUUUACAAGAAAUAGUCGGAUGGCGCAGUUGUCUUCUAGCAGCCUUAGACUUAGUGGCGUACUCCUACAAGCGAUUCAGGCCUUCGUUUGGGCCAUGGACAAGUCUAUCCCGGAACCUGCACGGCAGUAUCUCGAUGGAUGGACACAAGAAACAGUUGAAAAGGACUUGCCAAUCAGCUUUGCCUUGCCUCCACGAGAAGAGGUCAAGGAAGUCCUCGCCUCUGAUGGAGACGAGCAAGAAUGCUCGAUAUGGAAUUUGGGAACCUUGAUCGAGAAGUGGGCGAUGCUGUCGAAGGAAGAAAGCCGACCAUCAUCAUGACCAUAGCGAAUGGAAAAGUCCUGCAACCAGAGGAGAAAUGAACUUUGGCUGCAUCAUCGUUAUGCGAUGCUUGUCCAUCAGACUAGCAUUACUCUUCCAAUAUCUUCGCUUUCGAACCAUACCAUUCCACCGAGUUCAGAAAGAACAAAAUCAUGCAUGAUUCUUGAUGUGGCACCUCGUAUUCGAUGGCGACAUUAUAUGGUGGGGUCACGGGAUUCUCGAGGUUUCGUGAUCGCUUCACUUGGAUGCUCAGUCGCAGCACGUGAACACCAUAUCAGAUGAUCUUAUCAGUUUGGAUGUCUACACUGAGACAUUAUGUUAUUUAUAGUCUCGUCUUCUGAUAAAGGUAAACCUCGGCGCUGAACACUAAGCAAAGAGUGGA